AUGGACAAGUUUUUGAAAAGGAAAGAACUGGACUCUGAACAAAAUUUGGAGCCAGAUGAGAGCCCAAGUAUGAGUGGGGAUCAAAAUAAAGCAAAGAUGGUUAGCUCAAGCAAAUUCUCUGGCACAAGGCAAUAUAGCGAAAGCUAUAUUUCAUUUGGAUUUACUUUCACCAGAGAUGCAAACAAACCAACUCCACUGUGCGUGGUGUGUGGUGAAAAGCUAGCUAACAGUGCUAUGGUCCCAAGCAAACUUAAACGCCAUCUCCAAACGAAACACCAUUCGCUUCAAAACAAGAAUGCGGACUAUUUUGUUCGCCUGCAUGAAAACACGGAGAAACAGGCAACUUUCAUGAGAAAAACCACAAAGGUAAAUGAAAGAGCUCUUAAAGCUAGCUAUCAAGUUGCUGAACUUAUAGCCAAGUCAAAAAAGUCACACACUGUGGCAGAGACAUUAAUGCUUCCCGCCUGCAAAGCUAUUGUAGAGGAGAUGCGCGGACCUGAAGCAGCUAAGGAAAUAGCCAAAGUCCCUCUCUCAGACAACACAAUUUCCAGACGUAUUAAAGACAUGUUUGCAGACAUCGAAAGUGUGGUUUUGGAAAAGAUCCGUAUCAAUGAGAAAUUUGCAUUGCAACUUGACGAGUCUACUGAUAUCAGUGGACAUGCUCAACUCUUGGCCAAUGUGUGUUUUGUUGAUGAAUACCUUGAACAAGGAGGACUUAAGUGGGAAAACUGCACAAGUGUCUGCACCGAUGGAGCUGCAGCCAUGGUCGGGCGCACCAAAGGCUUUGUAAGCAGAGUGAAGGAAAGAAAUCCAGAUGUGAUUGUUACACAUUGUUUUUUACACCGUGAGGCCCUCGUAGCCAAGACUUUACCAGCAGACCUAGUUCAUGUGUUGGAUGAUGUUGUGCGCAUGAUAAACUUUGUAAAGUCACGACCCGUGAAAAGUCGCAUAUUUGCAGCUUUGUGUGAGGAGAUGGGAGCGAAGCAUAAAACCUUGCUGUUUCAUACGGAGGUCCGGUGGUUGUCGUGUGGCAAGGUCUUGGUUCGUGUGUAUGAGCUGUGGGAGAAACUUAAAGUGUUUCUGACAAAUGAGAGGUCAGAUUACGCAAAGCUGCUUGCAAGUGAUGAGUGGUGUGCAAGGCUGGCAUACCUGGCAGAUAUAUUUCAUCAUGUGAAUGAACUGAACACACGAAUGCAAGGCCGAAAUGAAAACCUGCUUACAAGUACAGAUAAAAUAAAUGGAUUCUGUUCAAAGGUGCAACUCUGGCAUCAACACGUGGAAAGUGGCAAUCUUGAAAUGUUCACACUCACCAAGCAAUGGCAAGGUGUUCACACUGCUGCACUGUGUGAGAUAAUAGUUAAACAUUUUAAAACUCUCGAGGAGAAGUUGUCAUUUUAUUUCUCUUCAGUCUCCACUGAAUGCCUUGACUGGGUUAGGGACCCUUAUAGCUCAGCAUCAGUUGGUGGAAAGGACAUGACUUUACAGGAGCAGGAGGAACUAACUGAACUGAGACAAAAUCGUGGUUUCAAGCUAAGAUUUGCUGAUCUACCUUUGGACAGUUUUUGGUUGGAUACUGCCAAGGAGUUCCCCCUUCUGGCAAACAAAGCUAUUUUGACAUUGCUCCCAUUUUCCACUGCAUAUCUAUGUGAGAUGAGCUUUUCAAGCAUGAUUGCUAUAAAAACUAAAUACAGAGAGAGACUGAGAGCUGUUGACGAAGAGCUAUGUGUGUGUCUUUCUUCGAUUCCAGCCAGAAUAUCAGCUUUGUGUUCAGCCAAACAGGCCCAGGUUGCGCACUGA